AUGGAGGCAAGGCUUACAGACAGGCUACCCAUGUUACCGGGAUACUCCUUGCCCAUUGUGAAGGACCGCUACCCGCUGAGCCACACGUUCGACUACCGGGGCGGCCUGCCCAUGGCCCGGUCGCUGCCGACCUCGGUCUCGUCUAUGCAGCGAUCGCUGCAGUCGCAGCUGUUCGAGACUCGGCAGUCGAGGCCGCCGUCCGAGCUCCACGACGGCGCUGCGUUGCUGGGAAGCGGUCACACUUCCGAAGGGUCGCAGAGCAUCGACGACGAUCCCUACAGGCACCGACGAAGGAGACCAAGCGCCUUCAAGAAUAACUUCCUGCCAAACUUCGCCUUCAACGACAAGAAGUUCAAGGGGUUCACCCUGUUAAUUCCGUUUCCUACCGGCCAGGUUUUGCACUUCCAAGGCUACUUCCGGGAGGAAGUGGACAACUCUCCGCUGGAACAGUACCGCGUCAGGCCUGUGGACAUUUUCUACUUCCUCGAAGAUGACAGCAUCUCGGUGCGAGAACCCAAGCAGGAAAACAGUGGACUCAGCCAGGGUUGCGUGUUGCGGAGGCAUCGCAUUCGCAAGUCGGACGGCCGCUGCUUCCACUGGAGUGACCUGAACGUGGGCAACACCAUCUCCCUCUACGGCAUCACCUACAAGAUCGUCAACUGCGACAAGUUCACCAGGGACUACCUCCGGCAGCAGGGCGUGGAGGUCCGGCCGCCCGAGCCGCUGCCCGAGGACCCGUACACGGCCAGCCGGCGCAUCCUGUCGCAGCAGCAGCGCAAGCUGCACACCACCAAAAGUCAGCGGGACAAGCUGUGGCGCUUCCUGCGCUACGACCGCCACGUCCUGCGCUUCUUCUGCGUCGAGGACGGCAGAGGGGUCGACCCGAGGCACCGGAAGAAGCUCGUGCUGCAGUACUUCUUGGUGGACGACACCCUAGACCUGAAAGAGAUGCACCGGCCUCUCGAACAGCGGGAGCUGGCGCCGAUUCUGCUGGGACGCCAGAGGAUUCCCAAAGAGCAGGAAAGCAGGGGCUUGUUCCACAAGUACGAAACGGAAAGCGACGGAGAGGAGUACAUAGGACCCGAGGACCUGCAGCCGGGAAGGCAGCUCAACAUCUACGGGCGCAGCUUUCUCAUCUACGACUGCGACGACUUCACCAAGAACUUCUAUCGCGAGCACUUCGGAGUGGAGCACUUUGACGUCAUAGACGUCGACGUCAAGGAAGAAGGGAGGCCACAGCAGGUAAGAAGCAGCGCUCCUGACGCUCGCUUCGGAUAUUACUUUGACACUAGCCUUAUUCUCUCCGGAAGUUCCCGAGAUUACUGUCUUUGCAAAACCAAUGUCCCAAGAUGUGGGAAAGCCGUUCCGCCGCACAACGGCUUCGGCUCCCCCGAGGACACCUUGCAGUCGGUGCUAAGGAUAACUCCCCGGAGGGCGCGAAGGGACAGCCGCCUGGUCCUGGAGAAGGAGGGCAUCGUCCUGCGCUUCCAGGCGACUCUCCAUCACGUGCAGGACAGCACACUGUCCCUGGACAGAGAGCGCAGCUUCGUGAUCUGCUUCUACCCCUCUGACGACACGGUGUCCAUCCUGGAGAGGCCACUGCCCAACUCCGGCGUUCCGGCCGGAAAAUUCCUGCGCCGCAUGAGGCUGCGGAAACCGUCACCGCUCAACGGGUUCCCACCACAGCCGCCAGGGGCCGAGCCGCGGUACUACGAGAUCUCAGACUUCCGAGUGGGCAACGUGAUCGAGGCCGUCGGCAGACGCUUCGUCAUCGUCCGCGCUGACCAGUUCGCUGCCAACUACAUCAAGCGCCACCAUAUGGAAGCAUUCGCGAACGGGCGGAUUCAGAGCACCACUGCAAACGGAGAUCACCAGGUCAACGGCCAGCUUCUAACAGACCCACAGGUAAGGAACGGUGCUGAAAGUUCAGUGAGCAUUCGUGAGAGUACACAUGCUGGUGGCGAAUGAUAUCAAAUAUUUAAAGAAUUUAUACACUAAUUCAAAUUUGGGUUAUGAACACUCCCGGCCUCAGGAUUAACUUUGACCACACUAUUAUUCAAAGAAAGUUAAAGCGCAAGCUACAUAAGGAACUCGAUAAGAAGCUGCUUUUAUUCUGAGCAACUCUCUGUGAGUGUCAUUUGAUUAGUAUGUCCAGUUUUAUCGCUAAGCGUUCAUUCUAUUUUGGUUGUUCUUUUGUAGCAUGUCGCUGUCACCAAUUCACUUGACGGUGCUUAAGAAAUCGCUCUCCUCGUUCUGAAUAAAAUCGCUUGGAAGUUGGCGGCCUUCCUGUCAUGCAUGUUCUAUGUCCUCGUCUAGUUUCGGCCUUAAUUUGUUUUAUUUAUUGUUAUUGCUUUCCAACCAGCUCAAACCAAUAUUUUGCUUUAACCACACGGGUUUCUUCAACGUGCACCGACAUCUAGGUAUACACGAUCCUUUUGCCGAACCCGUGACUCAUCGGGAAAACGUCAUAUCCCGUGAGCCAACGCGGCGUGCGAUUCCCUGCCGCGGCUGGCCGUAUUUUGCUGGGAGCGGAAUGCAAAAGCGCUCGUGUACUUAGAAUUAGGCGCACUCUAAAAAAACGCAGUUGGUCAAAGUUAAUCCGGAGUUUUCUACAGAGCCCGGCGUAUCUUAUGAGCUCGUGAAUUGCUUUGGCACGUUGAACACUAAUUUGAUUUGACAUCCUAACAAUUAUAACUACACAUCAGUGUCGUUUCCUUACAGGGAGAAG